AUGGACACUAAGACUCCGCCGAUCCCGCUGAAGCCGUCGGAGAAGCCGCAGCUGAAGAAAGCGGAGCGUGUGGUCGACGUGUCCUUGCCCCCGCUGACACCGCAUCAUCCGACUCAUCGUUCCAAAACCAAAUCGCACGGCACGUCGUGGUCGCAGGAGCCACCUUGCGCUCUACAGCAUCAGGAUCACCGCAAGAAGAGGCCCUACAGGUACGAAAGUCUCAUUUCGGUUUCGUUACAUUUCAGAGUGCUGCACAUCGGCGCUACGCCCUUGAUGCACGCCUGCCAGCAGGGCGACAGAGCGAGAGUGUUGAGAUUGCUGAAGGAACAGGAGCAAACGAUCACCUAUAGAGAUCGCACGUUGAGAAACGCUCUCCAUUAUUGCAUGGACGCGGGAACCGGCGGUGCCGUUGCCGCCGCGGCACCGGAACUGGUAAACGCUCCCGAUGCCGAGGGACACACGCCGCUUCAUCUGGCUGUCAUCGCCGGAGAUACCCAACUGGUCGCGGUGUUGUUGGCGAACGGUGCCGACGUUAACGCUAAGGAUCUCGAAGGACACAGCGUUCUUCACUGGGCCACCGUCUGCGGCGAAACGGAAUGCGUUCGAUUGGUUCUGGCGGCUGGCGCGCGACCCUCCACCCCCGAUUUACGCGGCGGAUCUCCGCUUCAUUAUGCCGCUCAAUGUUGCGGGGCGGCCGCCACGGCUGAACUCGCCGUUCCGAAAAAAGUCGGUCUGACAAUUUUGCAAACGCUUCUCGAAUACGGCGCGGACGUAAACGCGAAAGACGAGGACGGACGACAACCGAUCUUGUGGGCGGCGAGCGCGGGUAGCGUGGAGGCCGUGUUGGCUCUGGCGAGAGCCGGAGGUUCGGCGGCCGCGGGCACUUCGGACAAAGACGGAUUGACGGCGCUUCAUUGCGCGGCUUCGAGGGGACACGCGCGAUGCGUGGAAGCGUUGGUCAAUCUUUGCGGAUCUCAUCCCGAUCACGUGGAUGACAACGGUCAGUUGGAGACGCUGAAGAUUCUGAGUCAGCACGGCGCUUCGCUUCACGCCCGAACCGUGCGGGGCACGGGGAUAGGACACGAGGCAGUUGCGUCCGGUAGAAUCGAACUGAUAAGAUGGCUGGCGAAGCGAAGACCGAGCACGUUGGACGUCGCCACGCACGACGGCAAAACGCCUCUCCACGUCGCGGCCCUGCACGGUUACCUGGACGCGUGCAAGGUCCUCUUGGAUCACGGCGCGAAGAUCAAUGCCGUUCUUCGAACUAGCAAGGGCACCUCGAUGACCCCGUUGGACGCGGCUCUUUACAAGGGACACAGGGACUGCGCGAAGCUGAUUCAGAUGCACGGCGGUACCACGGCGCAGCAACUGAAAGCGCACAAAACCACACCGAGCAAAGGUCGGGUGAUCGUAGUGAAAAAAUCGUUGGAGAAAAAAUGCGAAAAGGUGGUAUCCGGGAGAAGAUCGAAGACUCCCAGAGAGUGUACGAAGGAGACGAAGGUAACUAAACUGCACACGCGCAGUUCUACGAAAACAUCCAAAUCCGGCAAGUCGAAGGCGCCCGACGACGAUACGAGCGCGGCGGAUCGGGAGGACAGGUCGCCGAGCAAGGAGGAAGAUGAACCUUCGAAAACGCUCGCCGAAGAAGCCAGAGAUGACGAAGAGAGAGUGAGAUCUCGCUAUCAGAGAGACGUGACAGAUAGUACAAGUCAGGAAACUGUGGAACGAGUGGUCGUUACGGCGAUGGUUCACAAAAAUCAAGCACCCGAUACUCCGAAGUCAACAUUGGAAGCAGCGAGGGAGACGAAAUUGGACGGCGACUUGAAGGAGAAGGACGGAACUUCCAGAGAUGCUUCUGACGAAAACGAAAUAUUGUCGCGCAAAACAGAUGUGGCAGACGUUGUUGAAGAAAGACCGCCGCAGACAGCGCAAGAAAGUUCGAAAAGCGGUGACGAAAUUCGGGAUGAGGAUGAGAAACCCGAGACAACGAUAUCCUCCGGCACGGAAGACGCGCGAAAAGCAGAGACAACAGAUGACAAACUACAAGGUAGGUUAGAGACAUUGGAGAACGUAACAUCGAGCGAUAAAAUACCUUCGCGUGAAACGCACGAAGCAGCUGAAGAUGAGAAACACGAUAAGUCUGAAGAUCUGGUCGAUAAUAAAGAGAGUGCUUCUGAUCGAAAAUCUGCGGAAGAAAAGGAUUUUACGACCGAGAACGGGAAACUGCUCGCUUCUCAAGAAUCUGAAUUAGAAAUUGCAGAAACUGACGCGAGGAAAAAAAGUUUGUCGGACGACGAACAGUCGAAAACGGUGUUUUUGAGACAAGAUGAUGUACAUAAAAAUGUUCCAGAAAGUAAUGUCGAAGAUGCGCGAGUAUCCUCUGAGGAGAAGAGCGAGACAGAACAGGUGUCCGUGAAAACGGUCGUUGAACGAAGUCCCGAAUCAGCGGAUGAGGCAAAAGAAAACGGAGAUAUCGAACUCUCCGGAAAGACUCAAGAGGAAAAAAAACAGAAAGCGGAAACAUCAAAAUCGAUUACCGAACGACCAAUUGACGAUAAAGAUUUGGACGAGUCGGUCGCGAACGCGGAGGGAACUUUUAGUCCGGAAAGAACGGACUCGCCCCACAAAAAAUCAGACUACAGUUCUUCGAGUUCUCCGAAACCCUCGAGAUCGAUGAAAACAAGACACUCGAGACCGUCCACGGGAAGAAAUGCGAGACGGAGAUCCUCGUCGAAAGUGUCGACGAUGAAACAUUUGUUGUUCGAACGAUCUGAUGAACAUUUGCCGCAUCAGAGAGCGAUAGUCGCGGUGAUAGACAGCCCGGAAUGGGACGAGGACGAAGCGGUCGAGAAGGAAAUCAGGGAAGCACUCGGGGAGGACGUGGAGCAGGACACGGAGCACGAAGAGGACAAUGAGAUCGGCGUUAUGCGAGUUUUGCCUAGUACGAGCGAGGAAGAAACUCCUAGCACAGUCUUGGGCGUAUCUAGAACUUCCAGAACCGAUUUUUUACCUCAGGUGCAACCGACAACCGGCCACCGCUUAGUGACGAUCAAUCCCGAAGAAAAUCGUCGAUUAUGGAGAAAACAGCGUCGCGACAGCGGCGGCAGAGAUAGUGGAAUAGAACCGAGUCCCCGUGUGUCGCGAAUCCCAAAGAGACGGAAUAUCAGAUGUUGUCCGAACACGGCGAAGCAACAGGCCCUCAACAUGGAGACCAUCACUCGAGAUGUUCAAAUCAGCCUGCGUCGCUAUCACCUCGAGAGAAAAAUCUUCUUUCAGCUGAUGGAGCUGAAGAGAUUGCAGAUUCGUCACGGAAGAGCGAACGAACAUGUUUUGGUAAAACGACAGGUGGAAGCCUUUCACAGAUCGGGCAUGUCCGGACCAACUCUCGGCGUUGCGAAAUACGAUCGGCCGUUAACGUUCAGGCAAUUCGAAGCGUUCCUGUACGAACAAUUGAGAAAACUGCAGGGAAGGCCGACUACGCCAGAUUUUUGCACCGAAGCCAAGCAAUGCACGCAAAAAACUCAUCGGUGUCAUCACGCCACCAGCGCGUACACCUCUAUCCCGGUGUACACCUAUCUAGGUGGAGGCGGCCCAGAUCGAACGGAUCAUCUUCCGAAAAUAGAGAGUCGCGGCAAAGGACAGAUGACGGUGGAGGUGACCCACGGAGAGGAAAAGCAGGUGAUCGCUCUUCCGACUGAAAAGUUGGAUCGCACAAAAAGAUACUUCGUUACGUUUACCGUGCGAGGUGAAACCCAAGACGCCGAAAAGUCCAAAUCGUCCUGUAAUGUAAGAAGAAACGCACAGAGCGUAUAAAUGUCUCUCGCGAUAAUUUCUCGUGAUGUCAACAUAAAUCUUUUUUAUCACAAAAUAACAUGUUAAACAAAUGAUUGUAAAUGUUCGUGUGUAGAAAGAAUGUCUUCAGAUAACAACAACGCAACAACUUUAUUCGUUUUUUAUUCUGUAUAAAGUGUGUAGAAAAACAAUAAUCGGCGUAUUGCUUAAAAUAAUUAAUUCGGACAACGGUUUUCUACUUUAUACAAUAUUGUUCUAUUGUAAAAAAAAAAAAGUUAAAUUUAUACACCUUUAUUCUCGAAUCUCCAGAAUUCUUCCUAUACAUAAUAUAACUUUGCUUCUCGCACAAAAAAAAUAUUCUAAAUAUACGAAACUGCCAGAACUAAAAAAAAACGUUUCUUAAAAUCUAUCAAAAAUCCAA